AUGGAAGGUUCACCUAGCUGCUCGAACUCGAACAAUGGAGUGCUUCUUUUUGGCGAUGACUAUGUUCCGGUGCCAAGGCUUGCUGUCAAUCCCGAAGUCGGGAAUAACCGCAUUGUGGUCCACAACUACCAGCAGUUCCAAGAUGAGACUGCGUACUGUGCUCGCAAAGUACAAGAGAUGCUUGAUUCUGGUAUGGAUCUUCAGCACGAUGGAAACCAGAAGCUCUUUGAAGUCAACAGGAGGCGCAUUCGGAAUGGGUACAAGACACUUCCCGAGUUCAUCUCUGACUAUGACAUGGUUGGCAUCUGGUGGGUGCGCCAUCUUAUCAAAGAAAAACGCUUGAUGAUCCCCCACGAAAAUGACCGCGGCGACAUUUCCUUGUAUGAACGACUCUUCAAGCUGAAGCUUCUCCUUCCCGAUCCAUGGGUAGAGCCAUUCAAAACCACCAAGUUCUGUGAGAUUUGGGAGAUGGAUGAAGACCAGUACAUGAUGAGUUACCAUCGUUUCUUGAGUGAUGUCGAUCUUUACACUGAGCUUGUCGAAGAUUCCAGCGAUGAUGAUGAGGAUAUGGUCAAUAUGGGUGGCAUCAACCUCGGCAAACUCGAACGGCUUCUUGACAGGCAGGGCACCGAAGAUUUUGCUGAAGUGUCUGCCGACGAUGAUUAUUCUGGUUCUGGUGUCCUUCCCGAAAACCUUUUCCAGCCUGGGGAUGUCUAUGACACAGACCAAACUGACCACACUCGGGACGACGAAGAUGACCUUGCUGCAAUGGAACCGGAAGAUGUUCCAUUAGAAGAACCAGUGGAUGAACCAGUGGAUGAACCGGUGGAUGAACCGGUGGAUGAACCGGUGGCAGUGGCUGUGCCGGUGGCAGUGGGAGAAGAAAGUGGAACCGAGAUUGACGAACUUUUGCUCCAACCAGUUGGCUGGGUUCUGUCCCAAGUGGAAGAAGACACAGAAACCACCGAAGAGACGGAAGGAGAAAACCAAGGCACCCAGGAAGAAAACCAAGGCACCCAGGAAGAAAACACCGAGGAAGAAGAGACCGAGGAUGAAGAGACCAAGGAAGAAGAGACCCAAGAGACCGAAGAGACCAAAGAGACGGAAGAAGACCUUGACUCCAAAAAACGUGCCACUUUGGACACUGCAGAGGAUGAUGUCACGGAUGUCACGGAUGAAAGCCCAACCAAGAAAACCAAGACUGACAGUAGCGAUGAAGAGGAGGGCGAUAGCAGCAGCGAGGGAGAAGAAGCAACCCAUGAUGGAGGCGAUGGCAGUGACAGUAACAAUGAGGAUGAGGAUGGCGAGGGCGGAUCGGAUGGAAUCGAAAUACUUGCAACCGGAAGCUUUUCCUAUUAG